CCUCCUGUGUGGAGGUAAUAUUGUUCUCCUUGGUUGAACUCGGCUAACUCGGCUAACUCGGCCGAGUUGCAGCCCUACUCAGGAGGCGUCCACGAAAUUCAGUCCCAUAUGCGGCCAGGAACACAUACACGCCUUCAAUUCCACUCUCUCUCUUUCUAAAACACACACACACACACAGUCAUACACUAGACAUUUCUCUCUUCAUGUCAAUAUAUUAGGGGAAACAAAGAAAAACCUUACUCACAGCUCUUCUUCGUCAAAUUUUCUCAUGCAUUGAACUUAUUAGGAAGUAUUCGACUCGGACUUCUAAUUCAAUAUCCAAAAUGAUGCGAUUGUUAUUGAAAUUCAAUGCACAGAAUAGCACAGCAAUUCCAACUUCCGAAUCUUAUUCGUUGCUUCGUUCAUCAUCUUCGUGGUCGACGAAGAUAGGGUUUAGAUGUAUCGUCACCAGUUGCAGAGCCGUGCUCUUAACGCGCUUCGGUGGGCCCGAGGCCCUUGAGCUCCGUCACGAUGCGAGUGUUCCUGAUCUGAAGCCCAAUGAGGUGCUGGUUCGCGCACGUGCUGUGUCGAUCAAUCCUCUUGAUACAAGAAUGCGAUCAGGCUAUGGUCGUUCCUUAUUUAAAUCUCUAUUGCCACUCAUUUUGGGCCGUGAUAUUAGUGGUGAAGUUGCAGCUGUUGGAGCUUCGGUUCGAUCACUUAGUAUAGGGCAGGAAGUGUUUGGUGCACUGCAUCCAACUGCUGUGAGGGGUACUUAUGCUGACUAUGCCAUUCUUUCGGAAGACGAAAUUACUUCCAAACCAGUGUCAAUGUCACAUGUGGAAGCAAGUGCCAUUCCUUUUGCUGCCCUGACCGCAUGGCGUGCUUUAAAAAGUACAGCUAGGAUAAGGGAAGGGCAAAGGCUGUUGGUGGUGGGUGGAGGAGGUGCUGUAGGUUUUUCUGCAAUUCAGUUUGCUGUAGCUGCAGGGUGCCAUGUUUCAACUACAUGUGGAAGUGAAACAAUUGAUCGGGUUCUGGCAGCUGGUGCUGAGCAGGCUGUUGACUAUACUACUGAGGAUGUUGAAUAUGCAAUAAAAGGGCAAUUUGAUGCUGUUUUGGAUACAAUUGGUGCCCCGGAGACGGAAAGAAUGGGCAUUAAUCUUUUGAGGAGAGGUGGCCACUAUAUGACAUUGCAGGGGGAGGCAGCAUCAUUGACUGAUAGUUAUGGACUAGCUAUUGGGCUUCCUAUGGCUACAGCAAUUUUGCUGAAGAAACAGAUUCAAUACCGAUAUUCUCAUGGAAUAGAAUAUUGGUGGACGUACAUGAGGGCUGAUGCGGAAGGUUUAGAUGAGAUCCGGAGGCUAUGUGAGGCUGGGAAGUUGAAAAUACCGGUGGAUAAGACAUUUCCCAUUGCACAAGUGAGAGAAGCUCACGAGGCCAAAGAUAAGAGGCGCAUUCCUGGUAAAGUUGUGCUGGAAUUUGACUGAAUAAAGAGAAGUUCACAAGCUCGAACUGAUAAUCUAGAAGUAGAAUCAUGAAUAGAUGAACUGCCACUGCAUUUCUGUAAAUGUUUCUUUCUACUGGUACUUGGAGAGAAAAUGCUUCAUUCGUUGGUCUUCUCUGUACAAUAAAUACGGGCAUUCUGUAUAGAAAAUGGUGGGAAUUUUGUGAAUGAAAGCUUCCAAAGAUUUAUCUUGCAACCGGUAAAUUCUUGGAAUGUUUUUUGUUCUACAUACACCUGAAAUAAUUAAUAUCAGGUAGUCCCAAUCUGAGGUCCUUUGUGCUCCGAAAUAUGAGGUUAGGCUCUUUGUAUGCUUGAAAGUUACUCCGAAAUCCGAGGUUAAGGUUAUUUUUUUAUGAUUUAGUGCAUGUGUAAUAAGUUGUUUACUAUGAAGUGUUGGAACAAUAAAAAUUUGAAUGAAGCUCUUUGGCUUUUUUUGUCAA